AUGGCUGAUCCUCUAAGUCUCGUUGCAAGUAUACUAGGUGUCACUCAGCUAGCAGCAAAACUCACCUGUUUGGGCUAUGGAUACAUAAGCGGGGUGAAGCGGGCGCCAGACGACCUUAUGGACCUUAUGAACGAGCUACUCGCACUCAGCAGAGUGCUCUCUAUCCUACAGGUUUACGCGGACUCAAACUCAAAUGCAGCAAACAGUGCACUAUAUCAGCUCAAUGGCGCAAACAAUAGCCCAUUGCAAGUGUGUUCUCAAGCGCUUGAAAAACUACUAAGAAGGAUGGAGCCGAAGGAUGGGUUCAAAGGCUUUAUCAGCAAUAUGAAGUGGCCAUUGGAAGAAAAGGAGACUACACAACAUAUAGCUCGGAUUGAAAGACACAAAACUUUAUUCAUGUUUGCAUUACAGGCAGAUCAAAUAUCUCUCUCUAAAGUUAUUGAACUCUACACCGAGAACAUCGAUGCAGCGAUGCAAACUAUCCAGGCGGACAUUAACUUUAUGAAUAAUACGGUAAAGGAAGUAAAGAUGGAGAUUGGGCGCACAAAUUCCAUGGUUCGGAAAACCAACGAUACUGUUCACGAUACAAGCACUUCGCUUUCCAAUCUGAGCAUCAAGUCUAUGGAGGAAUUUAUGGCACAGAAAUUCUGGAGGGAUAAACAAUACACCCAAGACAUGGUCAAUACCCGCAAUCAGUUUCUCUGUUGGGUAUACCCAGGAAACUUCAGUGAAAGGCACCUCAGAAUCACCGAAGCAAGGCAAAGAAACACGGGGGGUUGGCUUAUGCGAACACCGAGUUUUCGGAAUUUUGUGCAUGACAACAUACGUCCUUCGCUGCUAUGGGGAUAUGGGAUUCCGGGAGUUGGGAAAACCUUUCUGAGGUAUAAGCCAAGAAUAACUUCCUAUCUAUUUGGUUUAGUUUAUUGGGAGACGAUUUUCUUGAACAGCAAGUACACGCAUUUUAGUCUUGUCCUAAUUCAUCGUGUUUUGUCUUCGGAGCAUGAAACUAGAAUGGUUGGGUCGAGGUUAAAAAUUUUACGCAUUGUCGCUGGGUCCUACCUUUUCUGA